AAUUUCUAUAUUGGGUGAAAGGCAUUUGUAAUCUGACCUGUGAUGUUGCCGUACAACAUUAAUCCGGGGUAAAAGUUCCGGGUCGGCCUGCAGCCCGUCAUCAUCACCUACAUAAGUAGCUUCGAUAUAAAGUGCAAGUCCUCUUGCCUCCAACCUAACUACACAAUCAAUUUCAAGUCCUCUUUCAAUAUCACCACUAUAGAUAUCUCAAAGCUUGUUUACUCUCUUCUCUUUAAAAAGUCACAUCAUGGGAGAAGACGCCCCGCAGGACACCCCGCAGAAGCAAUGGUGGGAGGAAUUCCCUGAGCCAAAGGCCAAAUGCCCUCGAACGGACCCUUCAAUUGUCGCAAAGCUUAUUGAAGUGAAUGCAGCUUCCGGAAAGAAUGCUCACAGGGACUUUUUGCUAGUAGAUGUUCGAAGGACGGACUGGGAGGGCGGCACUAUCGCUACAUCCGUCAAUCUCCCCGCUCAUACGUUGUAUCAGACCCGUCCUCAGAUCUAUCAGCUUGUCAAACAGGCGGGUAUCAAGAGAAUCAUCUUUUAUUGCGGAAGCUGCGGUAGUCGAGGCCCCCGAUGUGCUGGUUGGAUGCAGGACUACCUCGAUGAAGUUGAAGAGACGGAGGUCAAGGCUGAAAUUCUGAUUGGAGGUAUCAAGGGUUGGCAAAAGGCAUAUGCUGGCCAGUUGAUGGACUCCUAUGACGAAAAGGUUUGGGAGAAGAAGGAGUAAGGUAGUGUAGUGUUUGGCUGGACAUGGUGUAACAUAACAAUUCGAGGAUAUCCUUCCUCUCUUGAUAUCUAGUAAGAUGUGACCCAAACAAACUGCCCUCAAGGACUUGUCUCAUUUUCGACCUUAACGCCAAGAAAGAUCACAUAAUUUCCGUCGUCUCUUCUAGUGUUUCCGCCAUUCUUC